CAUCAGUCAUCGACAGACAGGCGUCCAAAAAGGUCCAUAACACUAGCAGGCAUGAAACUUGAAGUGAAACCUGCUGAGAAAUUAUAGUUUUAUCUCAUCCAGCUUCAUUUAAAUUAUUUUUCUGCUUACCUGCCUGUUCUGUGUAUUUUUCGACCAAAGAACACCAUGUUUAUUUCUUCGCAAGACUCCCCGGCUGCUUUCAAAGAUUUUACCCUCGUCAUGCCUGCGGUCGCCGUCGGAAAUGUGGGUCAGCUGGCCGUUGACCUCAUUGUGUCCACCCUCAACAUGAGCAGAGUGGGCUACUUCCACACAGACUGCCUGAUCCCGAUGGCCGGGAACAACCCGUACGCCAGCGGCAAAGAGGACGCAGAGGAGCUGCACACCCCUGCAGAAGUUUACACAGCAGCUGAGCUGAAACUGGCGGUUCUUCAGAUCAGAUCACCAAUCAUCCAGAUGAGGUCUAAGAAGUUUCGUCAGCAGCUGAAGUCCUGGAUCAAAGCCAGCGGUUUCUCCAGGACGGUGGUUCUGUCCAGCAGCCACGCCUACCAGAGGGACGACCAGCAGCUGCAGGGCACUUCUUUGAGGUACCUGAUGACGCCGUCCCUCCUGGCUGCGAGCGCGGACGCUCUGAAGGAGCUGGGCUGGAGGGAGAUGGAGAGGAUCCCGGCGUUUCCUGGAGUAGACGCAGACGCAGAGCCGAGACUCUGCAUCCCAGGAGGCGGCAUCACCAAAGGCCUUUACACAGAUGGCUGUGCCGAGGAUCUCCCGCUGGCGGUGCUGCUGCUCUUCUGCUCAGAGGGCGACAACAUUCCUGAUGCAUUCGCCCUCGUCAACCACCUCAAUGACUGGCUCCAUCUGCUGGACGGACAGAGCGAAGAACCAAGCAGCAAGUGGAAGAUCCCAACUUCCUGGAGUUUGCUGUUUGGCAGCGGCAUCCCUCCUGCACUUUUCUAAUUGAGGAUACGAUGGUUGUAAAAAUGAGCUUGAAUCUUUAAAUUUGCAUAAUUGAUCUCUUGAUAUUCCCUGCGCCGUCAUUUCGACUCGAGCGCUCCUUCGUCCCUUCCAUGUGUUUUAUCCAAUAAAGUCUUAUUGGAUA